CGAGCUCGUCAGGUGGUUGUGCGUUUUGUUAAUUUUCGAUUUUUUUUUCUAUUGUCGCCAGCAGCUCCAGUGAAAGGUUCUGCUCGAAGCCCGGGGGUAUACUUUUGUGCCAUUCUGUUUGUGAGAAGUGCGGGAAAAAUCCCUAACAGGUCCUCGGUUCUAGAAAGUUACGGGGAAAAAAGCAAGAAUAUAAAGUGGAUACGUGCGUGACUGGAAUACGAAAAGUGGAAUAAGAAUUGCGAAGGUUUAAAACGAUUACCUGUUGUUUUUUGCUAUCUGUGCCAAUCGAAGAUACGAAAGAAGUGUAACCGACAGGAAGGGUUUUUUCUGCGCCCUGCCGUAAAAGUGUUGUAACGGGUCGGAAAAAAGUGCGACAUCGAACAGGCGACGAUUUUCCUAAGAGGUGUCUGUGAAACGAGAAUACGAAGAUAAUCCCUGAAAUCAAAACAGGUCGAAAAAAGAACCCACAGCUCGGAUUAUUGAGCCAACAGAGCUGAGGAUCUUCUCGGUCGACUCCGAACCAUACACAGACACACAGCUCGUGUGAAUUAAAAUUUGCAAUUCCAAAAUGUUCAGAUUGGCUGCCGUGCUAAUUUGCACACUGGUGCUCACGCGGGCGACCCAAGCUGUCGUCAACGGUGAUGCCCAACGUCGCGAGGCACCGAUUGCCGAUUCCUACGGAGUACCGCCUUCCUCACCAGGCGCCUCUGGGCCCGAACUACCAGCUCCGGUGUAUGGUGCACCAGCGGUGGCACACUAUCCACCACCACUCCCAGAUAUUCCACCCCCGGCACCAAACGUACCACACAAAGAGUACGGCGUACCGGUACAAAACUUUGGCCCUCCCAACAUUAACAUCGAGUAUGGACCACCUCAACCACCGAAGCCAGUAUUUCAUCAUCCACCCAAACCGAUCUAUGGACCACCGCAGCAAUCUUUCGGUCAUCCCCCUCCUCAUCAUUCAUACGGACCUCCACCUCGAAAACAGUCAUCCUUCCUGGACUCACUGUUUUCGACCUUUGGAUUUGGCGGUGAAGAAGAGCACCACCACCAACCACAACAUCACCAUCAGCAACCUCAGCACCAUUAUGGACCACCACCGAAACCGGUGUAUGGACCACCCGCACAGGCCUAUCCGAAACCAUCCUACGGUGUACCUUCAUUCCCACAGCCUGGUCCCAAACCUGUUUACGGCCCACCACCGCAACCAAUCUACGGACCACCUAAGCCAGCGUAUGGACCACCGAAACCCAUCUUCAGUGCGCAGCAGUCCUUCGGUCACCAUUCCUCGGUUCACGUUCCUCCUACACCACCGGAGAUCAAAUGUGACGGAUGGAAACCGAUCGCAGGACCGGUGAUCCAAUCGAGCAGCCACGCCGAAAUUCACGCUCCAGAAUCAUCCUACGGUCCACCACCAAGCGGUGACUUCCUUGGCAACCAUCAGCAAAGCCACUCCAGCGGUGAUAUCGGACUGCAACUGCCACGCCUUGAGGUGGGCCCAGCUUUUAACAAUGAUCUUCACGGCGGACUGGAUCUGCCAAAGGGAAACAGUUAUGAGAUUCACUCAAAUUUCAUCUCUGACUCUUACGGAGCCCCGCCAGCUGAUUCGUACGCACCGGGCAACUACAAACCAACAUUUGUUAAGCUUCCGCCUCAAAAGAUCCAGUUACCUCCUUCCCCGCUGUACGGAGCACCGCACCGUCCAGUCUCCUACCCCGGAUUAGCGAUUUCUCACGGCAGCAUCAGUGGUAACUUGAAACCAUGGUCCGGUCCGGUUGCACCACCCCGCCAACCAAUCGCACACCGGCCACCGGUUCCGAUAGGUUUAAUCGAAUCAAUCGGGCAUGCCGUGGAACACUUGGACAAUUUCGGAACAAAACCGCACUACUCUGGCAAUGUUUACCUUCCACCGCCAACCAGUGAUGUUGCCACAGCUUUGCCAGCACUGGAACUCAACACCUUGCCAUCCGAUCAACCACCGAAACCAUUCCUGACCCAACAUCAGCUUCCGCAAGCUCUACCACAGAUUCAGGAACCUCGCUACCAGGAACAACAGAUCGUUGCUGUGUCCAGCGAAUGCGGACAUGGUCCAGAACUAUCAUCAUCGCACGGUUCCAGUGACGCUCAGUCCGGUUACUUCGAAACAUCCGGAUCACAAUCCUACAGUAGUGACGUUUCGAACAGCAUCGAUACGAGCUAUGGACCACCCGCAUCCGGAUCGGCGGGAGAAUUCCGCAGCAGUCAUCAUCUACAGAGUAGCGAAUCGGUGUCAACAGCCGAAAGCCUUCCAGGUCUAAGUGCCGGUCUCGGAGCACUCGAACUGGUUUCUGCUCAAAAAUCGCAAAGCCUUACGAUCCCGGUUCAAGGAAAGCAUGGAUCCUACCAGCUGCAGUUCCAAUCGGCUGACCCUAUUAGUUCCGGCCAACACGGUGGAUCGGUACCACAUGAACAAAUUCUAUCCGAAGGACUGCUACAGUCGAUUCUGUCCGCCAUCGAGCAGCCCCAUUCCAGCGCCCAUCAGGAUGAAUCAUCCUACGAUCCGAAUAUUGAUCACAGCGAGGUUUCGCUGUUCCUGAAAAGUCCCGAAGGUCAAAAGACCCUUGCCGAUCCUCCCAGUGCGUCGGCUCAUAAGCGAUAAGCUUGGAUUUCUUGUACUAGCAGAUAGUCACCGAAUGGAAUGGUUGUGUGAGUGUUCGUGUCGAAAAUUGUCAUUGGACCAUUGUGCGAAGUGUUUUAGUAAUGAGCUAUAGUUCGGUUUCCGCGCGGUUCCUCCGAACAUUCCCAAGGCACAUCAAUUUUAAUUUAUUUUCAUCCUCCCUUUCCUGCACGCAAGCGAAAGAAUGAGAGCGGUUCGGUAAAUUGAGCCAACCAGUUGGUCUGACAGAUCGACGGAUUGAAUUAUCAAUUACCUGGCGUUAUCUUGACAUAAUCAGAAUCACCGCCGGGGAACGGCGACACUGAAAAUUGAAGCCAACGCGUUUACCAUGAUAGAGUAGGAGAAAGAGAAAAUGUACCAAACAAAAAAAUUUCCGGCAAAAAAAAUUAAGGCAUCAAAGUAAACAUUGCACGUGAGAGUAAAUGAGUCAGGUCCUGAAACGUCGCAUUCAAACAAACAAAUUAACAGAAUGUCAGCAUGGCAAGCAUGAUAAUGAUGCGGAUCCAAGAUACGGUUGUGCUUAUGCCCUGUUUCGUUGGUGAAAUACAAUCGUCUUUCCGUGCCAUGGUUGGCGCUUAUAACUGUUAUCCACUGUCAGCUCGUGCUCCGUGUAGCGGCGGCGGCGACGGUGACGGCGACAACCAACAGUUCGACAACGUGAGCAAGUGCCGAUUGGCGAAAAAUGUUGCAAGCAAUGCCUACUUUAGAGCGUGCUUGGCGUUUGGCGGAGUGUACCGUCUUCAGAGCCAUGUUGAAUUGCGGCGCGACGACGGAGGUAGGUAUGCCAAUUAGCAAUGUGUGCAGGUAUAGUCUGAGUGUACGAGUGGCUGUGCGUGUGCAUCAUAAAUAGGAUUUUAAUUACUUCAUGUAAGGGGGAUCGUUGUUGAGUUUUGGUGACUCGAAAGAGACUGAGGCGAUAUUUUUGCGAAGGCAGACGAGUACGUGUAUAUUUAUUAUAUAUUUGUGUAAGUUAAGAAGUGGGAAGUUUACCAAUAUCAUUUUGAAUGACAAUCGAAUGUAGCAAUCGGGACUGUGUCAUAGGAGGGCCAGGUCACUGACGUAUAGGUAGUCAUGGAUUUAUUAAAUGUUCUCGAGAAAAAUUUAACGGAGCUAGAA